CCCCGUUGAAAAUUGCAAAAUCUCUCCUCCUUUUCUCUGCGCUUUCUGAGAUUUUUCCCCUUUUUCCUCCACUGCGGCAGCACUGUUCAUCACUGAUAAAAAAAAGCCCUAAUUAUCAAAAAUCUGGUGCCGGAAUCCCCAAAUUUGACUCUCAAUUCGUAAUCAGAGGACAGAAAUUAAGCCGUCCACAAUUGUUGCAAUGAUGAGGGGAACAAAACGUUUGGCCACUUCCGACUUUAAUCCGUUUUCCAAUAAUGAUUCAAUAGAGAACAAGAGGGUUCUGGCGGGAUCUGCUUUUGAUACGCAAAGGGCAGAACCAUCACAGGAACAGUCAGUAGUAGCCAGUCCACCGCUUGAUAAACAACGGGCAGAAUUAUCCAGACAGCAUGUGAGAGCCCUCAAUACACAGUUCGCAAGUUGGAUACAGACUCAGUUGGAUAAGCACCCAGACGAACUUUGGGAUGAUGGAGUCCAGGACUACCUAACCCAUGCUAAAACCAUUAUGGAGGAUUUUAAUGAUGUUGUUAGCUGGCUUAAAGCCAAUGCUGCCAGAUCUGAAAACACAUCCACUCUUGGUUCCGACACUAAUCAGAAAAAGGUUGGGUCUGAAAGCAAGGAAAAAGAAAAUGGUUUGUUGUUUGGAAGACCUACUAUCCCUCCCAUUACAACUGUAAGCUUUGGAACCCCUGUUGUCCCUCCAAUUAGUACGCCUGUAAGCUUUGGAACCCCUCCAGCUAAUGCAACUGUAAGCGUUGGAACCACUCCAGCUAAUACAACUUUUAGCUUUGGAAUGCCUCCAGCUAAUACAACUGUAAGCUUUGGAACUCCUGUGGUCCCUCCUGCUAAUACAACUGCAAGUUUUGGAACUUCAUGGAGUUCUGGUCCUCUUUUUAACAACAGCGCUCCCUUCUCUUUUGGUCUCCAAAGCUCAGUUAUUGGGAACCAAAAUCAAAAUGCAGCUCCUUCAAAUGAUGGUGCUUCAGAUAAUUUGGAUGGGGAAGAAGAUACGGAACAGCCUAGCAGUCCCUCUGUUAAAAAAGCUGAAGAGAAAGGGAUUGUUGUGGUGCAUGAAGUCCGAUGUAAACUCUAUGUCAGGUCUAGUGAUCCAAAAGACGAGGACCCUUGGAAGCAUAAGGGUACUGGCCAACUUGUUAUAAAGUGCAAGGAGGGUGUGGACAAGGGUACCAAAGAAUCCAAGCCAACUAUUGUUGUACGAAAUGAUGUUGGAAAGGUUUUACUUAAUGCGGCUUUGUAUCCUGGCAUUAAAACCACAAUGCAGAAGAAUUCAAUUUUUGCUAUAUUCCAUACAGCGGUAAGAUGCUUCCCUUGAUUGAUUGUACAUUUACUUUAGUUUGCUUGAGAAUUCUGUUCCUUCCAUUUUUUUUCACUCAUUUUCCAAUCUGUUUCAUGCACUGCCUUUAGAGUUGUCAUGAUCUAACUUUACUCUUUACAAUUUGUGUGCUAAAAUCGGAUUCAAUGAAAAUCCGAAUUGCAACAAGUUUAGUCACUUUUUACAAAAUUAAUGACCUGUGUAUUGUGAAUACAUUUUGUUAUAUUUUUGGUUUCUUCAGAAGUGUGUGCUUAGGUAUCAGACUUUUUAGGACAUAUGAUAUGAUAAGCCAAUGGUCUAAUUAUUUUCUGUACUCCUGCCAAGUUCUUUUCAUGUGCUUAGUUUCAUGUACAUCGAAGUAAUUAAUUAGUGUGAGAAAGUGAUGAUGUCAUCUUACCUUCCGUUUACAUUAAUGUCUGAUGUUUAUGAUUCUUCUUUCUUGCAUGCACGUUAUUGGGAAAAUAAGUAAACGGUGGAGUUACAGGAGGCUAACUCAUAUAUUUCACAAUCAAAAUGAGAAUUGUUGGUAGGUUUUUGGUUUUAUGCAAGUUUUGUGACUCACUUGAGGUUUGUAGGGUGAAGGCGAUAACGAGAAUGUUAUGGCACGGACAUAUUCAUUAAGAACAAGAUCGGAGGAUGAUAGGAAUAAAUUAGCUGAAGCUAUUAAAGAAUAUGCUCCUGCACCCUGAGUAGUGAUAGUUUUAUGGAUAUCUUGUUGUAUAACUAUCUCAGUCCUUUGAAGAAUUUCGCACGGGACUACGAUUCCAGAAUUAACAGAAGCCCAUGCUCUUUCACAAAAAAAGGGAAGCUCUUACCGCUGGAAUUUUGAUACAGGAGUCAUUGAUUAAUCUGAGGGAACUCAUUAUGUACUAUAACGAACAAGAGAAAGAGUACUUGCUCCGAAGUGUAACCAUUUCGAAUCCUUUUGGAUCUUCUAGUUUUCCUCUUUUUCUUUUCUCAAUAUGUAUGUUUCUGCUUCUCUCUUUUUUUGGUAGAAUAUGUUUCAGCUUCUUUGUUGUGCUAUGAAAAUCUCCUGUUUCUGGAGAGCAGUUUUUUGUUUCCACUUUCCAUAUAUUUCUAUCUACUUUUCUAAUCUUACCCGUUACAAAAAAUUCAAUCAAGUUAGACGGGAAAGAGGGAUUUCUUCCUUCCUAGCAAUUUGUAGGAUCAUGUUAAGAGAAUACUCCCUGGAAAAAUACUCCAAUACUGGAUUUACUGGAAUUACUG